UUCACAAACAGCGGACCGGAAGAGCGCAGAGGCCUCUGGGGAUUGUAGUCCUGGGGGCUUCCUGGGGAUGUCGAAGGGUGGUAAUGAGUGCCCCCCAGGUUCCCGUAAGAAGGAGUGAGAGAAACAGGGGGGCGGAUGGAGGGCAGAAAGAACAGAGAAUCAGGAGGAAGGGAGGGACUGAAGAUACUGGAAACACGGCUGGUGGCAUUGGACGUAAGACGCACGUUACUGGUGGUGACGCGGGGGUUAAAAGAAGGGUUCCGGUUCAAUAUGAGACAGAUGGUGGGACUACGGAGAAGAAACCCAAAUGGGAGCCGAAUAACUGGAAGCGGCAUUUAGAUAACAUCAGGGAGAUGAGGGGCAGGAGGGACGCCCCCGUGGACCAGAUGGGAGCCGAGAAGUGCUUUGAUCACGAUGCAGCCCCAGAGGUCAUGCGCUACCAAGUGCUGCUCUCCCUGAUGCUGUCCAGCCAGACGAAGGACCAGGUGACCUCUGCAGCCAUGCGCAGACUGCGGGAGCACGGCCUGACCGUCGGCAACAUCUCGGAGACGGACGCCGACACCCUCGGAAAACUUAUCUACCCCGUGGGGUUCUGGAAGAACAAAGUGAAGUACAUCAAACAGACAACAGAGAUUCUUCGGAAGCAAUAUGGCGGCGACAUCCCUGAUAAUGUUCAGGAUCUGGUGAAGUUACCUGGAGUUGGGCCCAAAAUGGCUCAUCUGGUGAUGGACAUUGCGUGGAACAACGUGUCAGGGAUAGGGGUCGACACUCACGUUCAUCGUAUUUCCAAUCGGCUAAAGUGGGUGAAAAAGGCAACAAAGACUCCAGAAGAGACGCGGGUGGCUCUGGAAGACUGGAUGCCCAGGGAUCUCUGGAGUGAGAUAAACUGGCUCCUUGUGGGGUUCGGGCAGCAGAUCUGUCUUCCCGUGUCCCCUCAAUGCUCCACCUGUCUGAACAGAGACAUCUGUCCAGGAGCCAAGAAAACGUGACCAGAGCGGCGGACAGACACUUAACCCUUCCACGUACGCAGCACUAAAGCUAUGUGGCAAGGAAGCGGUUAAAUGCCAUCAGCAAGCAUUUCUUAGAUCUUACCUUUUUUAACUGUUUUCAGACCUUCAAUAAAUGUAUAUAGUUUAUAUAUUAAUAGACUGGGAAUUUAUCUGAUUUAUUUAGAUAAAUCUAGAUGUUAAUAAUCUAGAAUCUAAAGUAAUG